AUGGUCACGUAUAAGGUUAUCCACUAUUUGAAGAGGAAAACUCAAGGCAAGAUGGGCAAGAUUGUCCUGAAAAUUGAUACGAGCAAGGCAUAUGAUCGCGUUGAGUGGGAAUUUCUACAGGGUAUGAUGACUAGACUGGGGUUCAGUAAAAAUUUUAUUGAUCUAGUGAUGACUUGUGUUACCACAGUUGAAUAUACGAUUUUACAAGAUGGGAAAGAGCUUAGUCUUGUGAACCCGAAAAGGGGCUUACGACAGGGAUGCCCAUUGUCGCCGUAUUUGUUUAUUAUGUGUUCAAAAGGUCUAUCUUCACUUCUUCGAGAUAUAGAAAGUAAAGGUCUUAUUCAUGGUCUCAGUGUUUAUAGAGGUAAAGCUAAUGUGGUAGCAUAUGCACUUAGUAGGAAGUCCUUGGUUGCUUUACGUGCUAUGAAUACUCGAUUAUCUGUAGCUAGUAAUGGUGCACUCGUGGCAGAGCUUAUGAAUGAUUAA